AUGCAGACGCUAACAACAAAGGAAAGGAGAAUAAAACCUAUCCAUGCUUUGAGCAUAAAGAAAAACAUAACAGCAGAGGCUGGACUCUGUGCUGUGAUACCAUGCUCUUUCACAUCUCGCUUUGAACCCAAAUACAUUAUUUGGUAUAAAUGUGAAUACCACAAGGAAAUAUGUAGAGUUUCUGACACUGUCUUUAAUUCUGACAAGAGGAGUUCAAACGUUCAGUCUGGGUUCAAAGGUCGAGUAUCACUGCUGGAACCUGAUGUGACUCAGAAGAACUGCAGCAUCAUAGUCAAUGAUCUCAGAGUGUCUGAUUCUGGAUAUUAUCAGCUCAGAGUUGAAGGAGAAGGAGAAAAGGAUAAAUUUACAUUUACUGUUGCAAAACUACUACUCUCUGUAACAGAUCUUAACCAAAAGGCAGAAUUAAAGAUUCCUCCUCUGACUGAUGGACAGCAGGUCACUCUGACCUGCACUGCUCCUGGUUUCUGCUCUGGGUCUCCUCCUAUAUUCACUUGGAUGUGGAGAAGAAAAGCAGAGAACAGCUCUCACAUCCCAGGAAACAUUACUGCUUCAACAACUGAGAAUCUGACUGCUGUCGCACAGAGUCACAGCUCAACUCUGACCUUUAAACCUUCAGUUGAAAACCACAACACUGAUAUAAGCUGUAAGGUCAGUUUCAUAGGAGGAAAAACCACAGAGGAGACUGCAACACUUAAUGUAAACUCUGGGCCAUCAGGGAAAAGUCAAUGCAGGCAUAAACCAGUUCCCGUGGACAACCGGCAGCUUCAGGAGCUGCAGCCAGAGCUACGUCCUGGAGUCCCCUGUGGGACAAGCCACCCUCGGUAG